CGGUCCUCGGCCUGCCUCCCUCCCGCCCUCCCUCUGCUCUCUGCCCGCAGUCAGACGCAUCUGGACUCGGGGCACUUCUUCUGGUUUCUGGGGCACUUCUUUGCGCAGUUCACGCUCCAACCCGUGCGCUGUUUGCGCGUCAAAGGAGCAACUCCCACCGCUGGAAGCUCCACGGAGGAGUUGCUGGAAUACUUUGGGAAUAUUUCUGGGAAUUUAAAGGACGCAGAGCAAACAGGAGAUAUUUUUUUUUUUGGGAACGUAUGGAGUGAUUUUUACGCACGGGUCGGAGCUGAGGGUCUCUGUUUGGUUAGUCUGAGGUGGGCAGAGAGGGGGGAGCUAAAUGCGGCUGACUGGCGACCCUGCACCGGCAACCAUGAACAGCAGCAGCAGCGGGUCGGGCAACUUUCUGCUGGUGCCGAUACCGGAGUAUCCCCUGCUGGACUGCGUGCCCAACAAGACGGUGAAGAUUGUGGUGCUGGGGGCGAGCAACGUCGGGAAAACCGCGCUGAUCGUCAGGUUUCUAACCAAGAGGUUCAUCGGGGAUUAUGAAGCCAACACUGGAGCGCUCUACUCCCGAAAGGUCACGCUGGAUGGGGAGGAAGUAUCACUUCAGAUCCAGGAUACUCCCUGUGUCGCUCUCCAGGAUGACGCCGAGGGCCUGUACUGCCAGGAGCAGAUCAACAGGUCAAUCUACUGGGCAGACGGUUACGUUCUGGUCUUCUCCAUCACGGACCACAACAGCUACCGCACCAUCCAGCCGCUGUACCAGCACGUCAGGCGCAUCCACCCCUCUGGAAAUAUACCUGUUAUACUGGUUGGCAACAAGAGCGACCUGCUCAGAGCCCGACAAGUGCCGGCAGACGAGGGCGAGACGCUAGCAGCUUCAUUAGGUGAUCCGGGCUCUGGGAGGAGGGAACGGGGAGAAAAGAAGAGGAGGCCUCCACCUGGCCAGACCCAAAUCUCCCAACAUGCAGGAGCUGAAGAGGAGGUUCAGGCAGGUCCUCUCCUCUAAAGUCAAGUCGGCCACAACUCUCUGAUGGCAGGAUUGGACCAAAAACAACAGACAUGUGUCAGAAAUAAGAGCUUUCAUGGAAAUAGUCCUUCUUUGAUGGAAGGCUGAAGAAUAAUGGCAAGAGGCCUUGAUUUAUAAGACUUCUAAGUUUGGGAAUUCAAGCCGUUAAUGGGACGAUCACAAGCAUUCGUCAAGCGAUGGAUGGAUAAAGCCUGAACGGAGCUUCCUGACAGUUGAGUUCUGUUUUUUUGGACGGAGCUCAUGGUCAACACGACCUCUUCCCGGGCUCCAGUACAGUUUGUGUUGUGCCAGAAACUUUCGACAACUCGCAUCUCAGUUUUCUUGAGGCUGAAAAGUCAAACUGACGAGACAAUUUCACGUCUUGUCCUGUCAUUUAACACGUUUUACCCUCUGUUACAGUUUCUUAUAUGUUUUAAUGAGAUCUUUUGGUGUCUUUUUUUUUAUUUGGUUCAAGGUAGGAAGGAAUCCUUCUUUUUUUAAAAACUUUGCUGAUACCAAAUAAAUGAAGCUGCAAGUCUCCGUCCUGUCUGCAGUCUUGUUAAGAAAGUGGUCGGGAACCAAAAACAGGAAAUGACCCCAGAAAACACGAAGACGAGAUGCUGACAAGGGAAGCCAAGACAACAGUAAGCGAGGACAAACUCCUGAUACCCGAUAUACGAUGGGUGCCAAUAAAAUGCAAACAUUUCAUUUUGACAUUUGACUUUACUAUAAUUAAAAUGUAGAAUUUAAAAUACAAUUUUUAAUUUUUAGAUUUGAACUAUUUUCCUGGAUAGACAAUGGACAGGAGGAGUCAACAUUCAUGCUCCCUCUCAGAGUCUGACGGAGCCCAUAGAUCCAUUUAGAAAUCACAGAAAAGACUCAUUGAACUAAUUGGGCAUACAAGUACAACAACAUUUAAAACAUUUUUUGGAAUCACAUCUUAUCAGGACUUUACUCUCAGCACUUUAAUUUUUGUUUAACGUAUGUGCUACUAGUCGUCUCAACUCGACUAGUACUCCAAGACCUGGGCAGCCACGUUCAGCUGUUUAUUCACGUUGUAUCAACACUCGAGUCCAUUAAGACUUUGCUAAAGUUACAGGGGCUUUACUUAGAUUUGCUUUAAACCCCCAAAUCCAUCGCCAAAAUGUCAAAUCUGCCAAAGUGACAGGCUGCCAAAACUCUGUCCAACUCUCAUUUACAAGCCAUAGUUUGCUGUAAAUGCGACUUUACCCCCCAACAGUCCAAACUAAAGGUGUUAGAGCAGCUUUAAUGACGUGCAGUCUGCAGAGCAAUUCACUUCUAUUGUUUUUGAAUAAAGCUUUUAGUCCUCAUGGGAGUUAAUGUCGCUUCAGAGGCUUUUUCUACACACUGCUGAGCUCGGGCAGUUUGCAGGGAAAACUGUUAAUGAUGCAGCUGUAAAAUACAGAUUAUCUGUAAAGGGAAGUUGGGAAGUUUUCUGCCGUUCUCAUGACCUCUCAUUGAAGACAAAUUCCUCAGUAUCUGGAAUUUCUUUCUUGGUCACUGAACUGCCACUUUAACCCUUUUAAACACACACACACACACACACACACACACACACACACACAC